UAAAAUCCAUGAGUUUUGGAAUUAAAAUUCGGCGAGCCUUUUCUUCCGAUUACGUCAGUGCGAAAGGUCAGGCUGGGGCAGCUGGGAGUUGGAGAUACCGGUUUCCUCCGCGCCUGCUCAUGGCGUCCCGGGCGCUGGCUGUCGCCAGGUUCUUUACAAAGACUGGGAUAAUUGGAGGCAGCGUGUACCUUGUAUAUGACCAAGGCUUAUUAGGAAGUGGUGAGCAAAGUUGUCAGGUGUUGAACAAGGUGUCUGUUGCAGUGCCAGAGGCUGUGGAUCAAUGGUCGAAGUACAUUGGAGUGCAGCUACCAGAUAUUCCCAAACUGAAUGUUCCCAUAUCUGAAUACUGGAAUACAGGAAUUGAAAUGACUGUAUCUUUCUUAUCAUCUGCACCUACAAAAUUCAAUGAAUACACUGAAAAGGGCUGGCAGUACAUCAAGAAGAUGACGAGCAGCACAGGAUGAAAACCACCAUCAUUGACUUGAAACUUUUUGUUCAUGAUAUGAUUGUAACAAAAUGUAAAUACUAUAUGAUGGUAAUAAAGUAUAUUUGACUGA